AGAAUCGCCGUCUCAGGCGCCGCCUGGAGGAGGCAAACUAACAAAAUGCUGAGUUGGAACGGAAGGCAGCCGCAGCCAGGGCGACACAGGAGAACAAUGCACAAAAUCAACCUAAUCCUGGAGUGAGGAGACCACGAGCAGACCUCGUGGCUCACGAACUAGGAGGCAAGAAACGGCUCUGGAGAAUCCUAAAAACGCUCAGGAAGAACAACCUUGGGAAACUGAGGGUGUCCCUGAGAAUGAACAACCAAAUGAUCAACCAGAGCCUUCUCACAGAAAUGAGAACAUAAGGCGACCAAAAACCAGGGAAUAGGAAAUCCCUCGUGAGAACGAGCGAAAUGAUCCUAGUCGGGACUCAACCUGGGACACGUGGGUCACCAACCUGAUAAGGAGAUACUAUAACGAGGAGUUUGUUAAGUCUUAACUAACUUAACAACUUAGCACUUGCAAUCACCGACUUUAGGAUCUAUGUCCUGAACCUAUAAAUACCACCAACACUUAUCUUUUUCAGGGGGUAUGAUUCACAUAUGAGUUUUUUGAGAGGUGAUUUUGAAGAGAGGAAGAUUGAGAAGAAGAGAGAGAGAAAGGUAUAGAGAAAAUAGAAAUAUUGGGUUUGGGUGUUGUAUGAAGAAUAUUCUAUAGAUGAAGAAGAUUCUUCGGUAAGAGUGUGAGAGAUGAACACUUUGAGAGAAUCUAAUAGAGAAUUGCUCUCGACUAUAUUGUAUUUUGUUCUUGCUCAAUCAAUCAAGAAGAUUUUUGGUGGUGUUCCAUAAAUAGAGUAGAGCCAUAGACAUCGAUCUAUAGAACUUGAACCAGUAUAUAUCUUGGUGUUGAUUUUAUUGUUUUAUUGCUUUUAUCCUUUUUGAUUUUAGAUACUCUGUUCAUCCCUAUUUUAUCUCUAUUUCGUGUUUAUGGAUUGUUAUUCCUGCCUUUGCUAAUUUUUUGUUGAUUAAGUUUUAGUGAUUUGAUUCUGCACAUUAGUUGUAAUUUUUUCUCAUCUUAUUAUAUGGAAAUGUUGGAACCAAACUUUAAAAUAAAAAGUGUAGAAGGAUUUUGAUUUCGACUACCAUCUCAGAGUAGCAUCAACUCCACUCUAUGUAAUUAAAGCUCUUUUCCAGCUUGGAAACUCUAGGUAAAUGACCUUAUUAGUGUUGGGGGACCACUCUAACUCAUCUGCAUUGUGGAAAUUAGAAACUCUAGGUACAUUUUAUUCUUGCUCUUGUUUCAAGAAAAGGCUUAGUAUCACCUCAUAUUUAAUUAGUCUAAAAGAGAAAGAGGAAGCAGAAGAAGAAGAAUCAGCCACUUGAUAAAGAGCUUUUUUAUUUGACAUUAUCUUUCAUGACUUUGGCCCCAUUUUCAUACUUUACUUGCCCGGCCAAGUAUGAAUGCAUGUGAUACCUUGCUUCUAUGACUCCCACCUUUUCAUUUUCUGAUAUCUUAUAAAUGGAACAGACUUUUGGCAGGAUAUUUGGUCAUUAAAUUUGACUUCUGAUCUUCUUGGUGCCCUUCGCAUUGAAAGGAAAAGAUUUCCUGCUUGUUCUUGCCAGUCAACCAGCUAGGACUCAUCUUAUGGUCAAAACAAUUAUAUGAAUUAGAGAUAGAAACUCAGUUGGAUGAAAGCGAACUUGCCUUGAACUAGGAAUAUCUUUAUUGGAACUUUGCAUUGGAUUGUUCUUUAUAAUCAAGAUGUUCAGGUGGGCACAACCUAUCAUAAAGUAUUACAAGUACCACAAAGAACUUGAAGAAAGCAUGAGAAAUCUCAAGACCAUUUUAGAAGGUUUAUAUAUAAAAAAAGAUGAUAUAGAACAAAGAUUACACACUAAGCAGAUCUCUGAACACGAACAAGAAGCUAAGGAAUGGUUAAAAGAAGUUGAAAAUGUCACAAAUGAAAUUCAUUCCAUUGAGCAAAAACUUGGAGCAAAGAAACAAUAUCUCUCGCGUGUAUGUCUUGGAAAACUUGUUGAUGAAAAAACUACAAAAGUAAAGGAACUUCUCCAUAGAGGAAGUCUCUAUGAAUCCCUUGAGAAGUUUUUCAAGUACAUCAUUCUUGGAGGCGGUGUCUCAGCUGGUUAUGCAGCAAGAGAAUUCGCCAGAGAAGGACUUAAAAGAGGUGAUUUGGCAAUCAUUUCUAAAGAGCCAGUGGCCCCUUAUGAGCGUCCUGCCCUUAGCAAGGGUUACUUGUCUCCAGAAAGUCCCUCGAGGCUUCCUGUUUUUCAUGUUUGUGUGGGAAGUGGAGGGCAGAGAUUGCUUCCUGAAUGGUAUAGAGAAAAUGGGAUCUCAUUGCUCCUUAACACACAAGUAGUCAAUGCAGAUUUGUCUAUGAAAGCUCUCACCACAUCAACAGGGAGAAUCUUCAAGUAUGAGACCUUAAUCAUUGCUACUGGUUCAACAGCAGUGAACUUAACAGAUUUUGGUGUAGAAGGAGCUGAUGCAAAAAAUAUCUUCUACUUGAGAGAUAUUGGUGAUGCUGAAAAGCUUGUAGAAGGUAUUAGAUCAAAAAGAAAGGGAAAAGCAGUCAUUGUUGGAGGGGGAUACAUUGGUCUUGAAGUUGGAGCAGCCUUGAGAAUCAACAACUUAGAUGUCACCAUGGUUUAUCGCGAAGCAUGGUGUAUGAGUAGGCUUUUCACAUUAGAAAUAGCAGCUUUCUAUGAGAGUUACUAUACCAACAAAGGAAUUAAACUCGUAAAGGGUACUUCAGCAAUUGGCUUCAAUUUAAAGUCAAGAAGUGGAGAGGUCAAAGGAGUGAGAUUGAAGGAUGGUAAGGUUUUGCAGGCUGAUAUUGUUGUAGUUGGCAUUGGUGGAAGGCCUCUUACUUCAUUGUUCAAAGGACAGAUUGAAGAAGACAAAGGAGGUAUUAAGACAGAUGAGUUUUUCAGAACAAGCUUUUCGGAUGUGUAUGCUAUUGGAGAUGUAGCUACUUUCCCCAUGAAAAUAUACAACGAGAUGAGGAGAGUUCAGCAUGUUGACCAUGCUAGAAAGUCAGCUGAGCAAGCUGUGAAAGCCAUCAAAGCUGGUGAACGUGGGGUAUACAUUGAAGAGUAUGACUACCUUCCUUUGUUCUAUUCAAGGGUUUUUGAUCUAUCAUGGAAGUUUUAUGGAGAUAAUAUUGGCGAAACUGUGAUUUUUGGGGACCCUGAUCCUUUGUCUAAAAAGCCCAAGUUUGGAUCCUACUGGAUUCAAAGUGGCAAAGUUAAGGGAGCGUUCUUGGAGGGGGGGACUAAUGAAGAAAAUGAAGCUAUUGCCAAAAUUACAAGGCUCCAACCUACAAUAGUGGAUUUAGAAGAACUAGCAAAGGAAGGUCUCUCCUAUGCCUUAAAAUUAUCUAUAGUUCAAAACUCAAUUCUAUAGAUUAUUAGAGUGGAUUUAGUGUCUAUGAAAUUAGUGGCUUCAGCUUCCUUACCUUGUUCUUUGUUUCUUUUCAAAGUGUUGUGUGUGUGUUUUUCUUAUUAUGAGCUUGGGAAUCAGUUCAUACAAUUUUAUCUAUUUGACAAUAAUUUGUGCUUGCGGUUCUAUGUGUAUCUUUUUUUUUUUAGUAUUUUUCUUUUGUAUGAGAAAUGGAAGCUUUGUCCAACAA